AUGGAUAACAAACAAAACUCAACAUUAUUAGCCGAGACUGCGCUUUAUGUUCCAGCACAACUCAAACAAACUGAUAAUGAAGUUAAAUCCAACUUUCGACAUCAAAUUGAUGACCUUCUUUUUGGAUCGUUUGCUGGUAUGGUCGGUAAAUUUGCAGAGUAUCCUUUUGAUACAAUCAAAGUUCGUCUUCAAACUCAACCCUUGGAUCACCCUUACUUUUCUGGCCCUUGGGAUUGUUUCAAAACCACAUUAAAGCAAGAAGGCAUGAAAGGUUUUUUUACUGGUAUGUCAUCUCCACUGGUUGGAUCUAUGGUAGAAAACGCUGCAUUGUUUGUUGGUUACAGACAGGUUCAAAGGAUUAUCCGAGAAAACUCUACAUCAAGUCAGGAACUUGAGAGACAAAAGGGUAUACCCGAAGAUCAAUUACCGCCUCUUUCAAUUCCGCAAUUGGUUUUAGCGGGCGGAGCUUCAGGUGCAAUUGCAUCCAUUGUUCUAACCCCAGUUGAAUUGAUUAAAUGUAAAUUACAAGUUCAGCUCGGCUCACAAACUGUCACUCAAGGUGUUAAAUUUAAUGGUCCAUUCCAUGUCAUGCGUCAUGUCUUCCAAUCCCAUGGACUUACAGGCUUCUAUAGAGGAUUUGUAGCUACACUCUUGAGAGAAGCGGGUGGUGGAGCUUUCUGGUUUGGUACUUAUGAAUAUGUCUGUGCUAAAUUCAUCCAACACAGACAGGCAAAGACCGGAGAGAUUGUCGUCAAAAAAGAUUUGACACCUACCGAAUUAAUGGUGGGUGGUGCCUUGGGUGGUAUGGCUUAUAAUGCUUCAUUAUUUCCCGUUGAUGUCAUCAAAUCACAGAUGCAAACAGAUGAACAAUUAUCUAGUGGGAGUCGUCAACGAUCUUUUGCCCAAACCGCUAAAGAACUCUACGCAAAGGGUGGCUAUAAAGCAUUUUAUAGAGGCUGUGGCAUCACUGUUGCUCGUAGUGCACCAACAUCCGCUAUUAUUUUCUUGACCUAUGAAAUGCUCUCUCGUCAUUUCGGAUAG